AUGAUUAAAACCACAAUACCAGCAAAUCCAUUCGAACAGUUUUUAUCAUCUUACGAAGAAAAUUCUGAUUCUAUUGAUUACCAUGAUGAAAUUCGAUCAAUUCUUGUCUAUAUUGGUCUCUUUACUGUUAUUUUAUGUUUCUUUUUGUUACUAUUUUCAUUAAUUGGCAAAUGUCUAAAAAUAUUCAAUGAUGAAACAAUAUCUACAGCUCAAAAAACACAAGUACAAUUCAAAUAUCGUCCUAAUUUCUCGGCAAGUCGACAAACUAGUGUAUCAUCAAUUUCAUCUGCAUCAUCCCUAAUUAAUUAUCACUCAUCAUCUAAACCUUCAUUAUCUACAACAAUUCGAAUGCUUCAAUAUAAAGAACAACAAUUAUCACCUAUUGUUCAUUCUGAAAGAUCAAAUAAUAAUAAUAAAAAGAAUUAA